AUGGAAAAUCAUCAGAAGAGCUAUUGUCCUGGGGAUAACAUCACAAUAGAUAAAAUGCUUCCUGGUUUUCAUGGUACAUGUAUUUUUCGGCAGUACAUACCCUCAAAACCAAACAAAUACGUAAUAAAAAUGUUUGCUCUUCUUGAUGCUAAAAUGAUACGCACAAUGAACAUGGAGAUCUGCGUUGGACUACAGUCUCAAUGUCCUAUCUGUGUCAGCAAGAAACCAACAGAAGUUGUUGACAGAAUGGCUAAACGUGUAUUUGGAUCUGGUCGAAAUAUCGCUGCUCACUACUGGUGUUCUAAUUUUGACCUCGUCCACUAUUUUGACAAUGGCAUUGAUGUUCAAUCUGGACAGAAAAAUAAACCAGAGAUAGUCAGUUUCUGUAAUUCAACAAAUAAUGGCACUGAUACAGCAGGUCAAAUGUACACUACUUACAAUGUGAGCAGAAACGCCAAGCAUUGGUCAGUGACCAUGUAUUUCACUACGCUGGAAGUGGGUGGUAUCAACUCUCAUGUUAAUUUACCUUGGAAAUCGACUGGAGAAACUGCUGGCACAUAA